GCUGGAUACCAGUACCGUAAGUAGAAGCGCGCUUUUUUUAGCCAGACCUCCGCCAAUCAGAUGACAGCAUCAUUCUAGUGUUUCUACUUGUUCCGCAAGCUCUCCAUGCAGUUCAGUCUCAGCAUGCCAACGAAUAAUAUACUUUACAAACUAAAAACCACAUAGAUUCGUUUAAUUUCAUUCUCUUCAGUAUUCUUUAUACAAUAUUGGUACGAAAAGAUGUCGAUGAAUCGAGUGUAUAUAUUCUCGAAUUUAAUGCAUAGAUGGCCGAGAUCGUGGGUGAAAACGCAGCCUGAGCUUUCGACGGAAACGCACGAAAUAUUCCGAAAGGCAUUCGAGGCCGAGAUCGAGUCGCCCUUUAGACGAAGCGCGGAGUGACCAAUCGAGCGGUUCGGGUCGGUGGGGCUGUCCGGGGACGGGAAACGAGUGCUUUUAUCCACGAUACGCCGUUUUUUUUCUUUCAACAAAAUCGUGGAACGAAACUUCGAUUAGUGUUUUGAAAAUCGUGUUCGAGAACUUCGUUCAGUGGUUAACGAAAGGUGGAAAUAUAUAAACACGAAAAAGGGCAGGGAAUCGAAGAAGAGAAAAAGGAGCUUAAUGGCUCUCAGGAGAUCGGGAAUACAAGGACAGACAUUGCACUCGCGGACGGGGCGCCUCGCAAUAAACAUCGUCGCCUCUCGUUCGCUCGUCCUGCAUCCACCUCCUUUGCGUCUCUCCGUUUUCAACGAGCUCCUGCCGUCGUCGAUUCUGCUUCCGUUUCCGUGUCUGUUAUGUGUGAACGCAAAGAGAGCCGAGUGUUUAUAACUGCACGGUGCUGGUGGCGGUGACGAAGGGAAAGGGAAAGGGAGGAGGAGAAAGAGAGAAGGGGAAGAAAUUUGGAAGCGAGAUAAAGAGAAGGAUAGCUAGAAGAGAGUGCGCGUGCAAAAGCGAGAGGGAAAAGGAGAGAGAGCCAAAGGCUCGUCGGACGGAAUAUUCGAAGCGGUGCGCCAUACAUUUCCUACGGAAGGUCGUAUUUAUCGCGGGAACCUUAUUGGUGAAAUUAUCUCAGUUAUUGAAGAAGAUUUUGAUAUAUAUAAAUAUAUAUCAAACCUUCCUUACAGCGAUCGCUUCCAAUUGAAAGGAACUACACAUACAGUCGGUUACAACAACGGUGGUCCGGCUACUUAACCAUCUAUCUACUUAACGUCGGGUAGUUGACUAGGAAUUCUGGAUAACCUGAUCGCGCAGAAAUUCGAAGUGUCAACUCGUCGACAGGCGUGACAGCCUCGUCGACUGUCUCGUCCGUCCUCUGUCCUCCCUUUUCUUGAUAUUCGGUGUCGGUACCAUCAUUUGAUUCCGCGAUGUUCACGGGGACAGUGAAGAUCGAAAUAUGUGAGGCAGUCGGACUAAGGGCGACGGACAAGCAACGAAAGUUUUGGCAGGAUGAACCUAUACUCGAUCCCUACGUUCAGCUGGAUGUCGACGAGAAUCAUCUUGAUCGUUCAUCGACUAAACCGAAAACAUUCGACCCGGUUUGGAACGAGUGUUUCACCCAUGAAGUUCAGGAUGCGGUGAUGCUCGGACUGACUGUCUUCCACGAUGCGGCAUUACCGCCGGAUUAUUUCGUCGCCAAUUGUAGUAUUCCUUUCGAGGAACUUGUCAGCAGGAAUGACAAAACUGCAGAUCUUUGGGUUGAUCUUGAACCUCAAGGAAAGUUAAGGGUUAGGAUCGACCUAAAAUGGAAUGAUCAAGAUCAACAAAGAGGCUGUGGUACAGGUGAUGGAGAAGGAAUCGGAGGCAGAGGUGGUGGAAGCAUCACCACUGGGAAGGAACCCAGGAGGGAGUUCAAAGAAAGACAGGGUUUUAACCGGCGUAGGGGUGCUAUGCGACGCAAAGUUCAUCAAGCGAAUGGUCACAAGUUUAUGGCUACCUUCCUGAGGCAACCAACUUUCUGUUCUCACUGCCGUGAAUUCAUAUGGGGCUUGGGCAAGCAGGGCUAUCAGUGUCAAGUCUGUACAUGUGUAGUUCACAAAAGAUGUCACAAGUUGGUUAUCACAAAAUGUCCAGGCAUGAGAGAUGAGUCAAAUCAAGAUACAGAAAGUCCACGUUUCAGUAUAGAUAUGCCACACCGUUUUGUUGUUCACAACUACAAGAGAUUUACGUUUUGUGACCACUGUGGCUCACUGUUGUAUGGUUUAUUUAGACAAGGUUUACAGUGUGAAGCUUGUAAUAUAAAUGUUCAUAAGAGGUGCCAGAAAAAUGUAGCAAAUAAUUGUGGCAUUAACACUAAGGCUAUGGCUGAGAUUUUAAGUACAAUGAAUAUAUCACCAGACAAACAAAUAAAAACUCCAAAGAUUAAUUAUAGAACAACAACUUGUCAGUCUGGUCAAACACCCACAACAGUAACAGUCACAGACACAUUACCAACGGAUAAUUCACAAACAAUUCAAAAAACGGAAGAAACAUCUGUUAUCGCUACUGAAAAUGCAGUACCUGCUAGUGAGAAUGAAGUUAGGAAAUUUGGUAUCGAGGACUUUAAUUUCAUAAAAGUUCUUGGUAAAGGUAGUUUCGGGAAGGUGAUGCUAGUAGAACGAAAAACUAAUCCCGAUGAAGUUUACGCUGUAAAAAUUUUAAGAAAAGAUGUGAUUAUACAAGACGACGAUGUAGAUUGCACAAUGACGGAAAAGAGGAUUUUAACACUGGCAGCGAGACAUCCUUUCCUUACAGCUAUUCACAGUUGUUUUCAAACAAAUGACCGAUUAUUUUUUGUUAUGGAAUAUGUGAAUGGAGGUGAUUUAAUGUUCCAUAUUCAAAGGGCUCGAAAAUUUGACGAAGCAAGAGCACGCUUCUAUGCGGCAGAAGUUACGCUUGCAUUACAAUUUCUUCACAAGCAUCAUAUUAUUUAUCGAGAUCUCAAGUUAGACAAUAUAAUACUCGACCAAGAAGGUCAUUGUAAAUUAGCAGAUUUUGGAAUGUGCAAGGAGGGUAUUAUCGAAGGGAAGACUGUUACAACAACAUUUUGUGGCACACCCGAUUAUAUCGCACCUGAAAUUCUUCAAGAAUUGCAUUAUGGUGCUAGCGUUGAUUGGUGGGCACUUGGUGUUUUAAUGUACGAAAUGAUGGCUGGUCAACCGCCUUUUGAAGCAGAUAAUGAAGAUGAUUUAUUCGAAUCAAUUCUACGAGACGAUGUGCUUUACCCUAUCUGGAUCUCAAAAGAGGCAGUUUCUAUUUUAAAAGGAUUUAUGACAAAAAAUCCAGCUAAGAGAUUAGGUUGUGUGGCUGCUAAUGGUGGUGAGAACGCUAUAAAAGUUCACCCAUUUUUCCAAGAAAUAGAUUGGGAAGCACUCGAAGCGCGUAAAGUGAAACCACCAAUUAGGCCAAAAACUAAAAGCAAAAAGGACGUAAUGAACUUCGAUACGGAGUUUACAAAAGAAGAUCCAGUGUUGACGCCAGAAGAUCCAGACGAAGUGAGCUAUAUAAACCAAGAAGAAUUCCAAGGUUUCUCCUUCGUCAACAAAGACUUCAACCCUGCUAGGUUUGGGGCGCAAUAAGAAGUAAGAACACAAGCAAAUGAAGAGGGUUCAAUGUUAAUAUCAUCUUAAACGCUUCUUGCUUGGAAAAUUGGCGAGCAUGCCAAUCUGCAAAGCUGAACAUCGGCGUUUUGAAGCUGCUCGGGGUCUCCUUUGUAUUUUAUCUCCACCGGGGAUAAUUUUACUACGUAUCAUCGGAAGCAAUGUUCAAGCUGUACAAAAAAGUGGUGGAGAUCAUCAGGAAUUUGGGAAAUCAGCUAGAAACUUCGGUCUGUUUCACGUACAAAAAAAAAGUGGUAAUUUUCGCAGAGAAUUUCAUUGCUAACAAGGAAGCGUGGCCUCAGUUCGAAAAAAAGAAAUGCGUUUGGAUCCAAGUCUCUUAAAGUUGGACAAAAUUCUUGAUUUCCUUUGUUUUCUUGAAACAAAGACAAAUGUGAUUGAGAUGAAACAUCAGUAAGAGAUUUCGUUUGUAACAUUGAUAAGCAGAAAGAUCACGUGCUUUGGAAAUUAAGUAUCGGUUAAGAAACUUAGUACAAAAAAUACAAAACAGAAAGAGAAAGUCAUUUUCGAUGGCAUGAUGGUAAAGGUCGCUGGGCGAUCUAUCAUUUUUCUGUUGAUAUUGAUAUUCUCGAGGAAGAUUCGAAUUAAAUACCGAAUUUUUCAGUAAUCUCUUAACCGUAUAUUUCGUUUCCUCUUAGAGUUUCUUUCGUAGAAUGUCUCUCUGGAACUACAAAGUUUUUCAUCAAUGACAAAAAAAGAGCACUCGCGCAGGAAAAACCACGAAUCUGCAGGAUAUGAAACUCAUCGACAUGUCAAUUUUGCAUUGAAAUUCAGUUCCAUUAAGGUAUACAAAAUUUUACCUGAUUUACAGAUUCCUAGUUAACCAUAUAUAAAGACUUGGCACUUAUUACGCAUUUUUUUUAGCGCUUACGUACUUACGGACUUAAUUUUCAUUGCAAUUCACGAGAAUUAUUUUUUACUACGGCAAGAAUACCGACAAAAACAGGACGAUCGAAUUGUUGUGAUUAUUGCUUAGUAAGUCGAGUUUUUAGGUCUUAGCGUAGUGUAUCAAAUCACUAGUGAUCAAGACUGAAACAGAAGCUGGGCUUAACUUUUAGGUAAGCACCGGCUGCAGGCGUAAUUAUAAUUGCCGAGUCUAUAAAAACCUGUGCAUACAUAAUAGCAUCAUAUAAAGUAACCACAUAGAGAAUCGAGAAGUUAUGUUCCGGUUCGAAUCGAGAUCUCGUGUCUUCGAACGGUCUAAACUUUUCGUCGAGCAGAGGAGCAUCUCGCAGCGCUUCUCCGAUAGGAUUUAAAUGAUAAACAAAAUAAUAAUAAAAUAAUCAUACAACACUAAAAGAAAUCAUGCUCGCGUGGUGAAGAUCGAGCAGGAUACGAUCUGACCAGGUGGACAUACCAAUUUCAUACUUAACAUAGAAUUUUAAACGAUCAUAGACGGAUUCCACUGGUGGUUGUCCCGUCAAAGCUAACACAAAAUGAUAAAUAUAUCUUACGUAUAAAUACGUAUAAAUACGUAUAAAUUUAACUUAUUUUAACAUACGCCUAAAAUUGUAAUGAACAAAAAAGGUCUCGCUAUCAGAAACACCGGUGAACAUAUAAAAGCGAUGGUCUCUGGUGAAAUUCUCUGGUGUUGCUGUGUGUGUCGAGUCUUUCACAAAGUGUUAUAGACAGAGCAUAUAUACAUACAUAUGUAUAUGCUUUGUAAAGUUACCGCUAAGCGAAUUAAGAAAAUUGUAAGGAAGUCCACCUAGCGAUGUCGAUGCACUUUCCGGAAACUUGUUGUCUCUAGUUAGGUGUCUUUAAAAGCUUGAAGCAACAACUCGUGUACUUAAAUUAGAAAAAGCUGCAAGCUCCUUAGUGUUAAGUGAUGAAAUAGUCGAGAGCCUUAUCCGUACCAUAAGAACGUUGAAAUGCGUAAAAAAAGAAGAAAGGGAAGAAAGAAACCAGUGAAUGUUAUAUCGAGUUAAGUAUCGUUGUCGGUCCUAACGGCUAAUAAGGAUAAAUUAAUUCGAGAUACAUAAAUGAGAGACAAAUUUCUCGUGUUUUAACAAGUGAACAGAAAAUACUCUAAUAUUUGGGGCACGUAGUCCACCGUUUUGUGCCGUCGAGUUUAUACCAAAGAUUUCGUUCAGACUUUCCGUAGAAACCUCGCAGAACGAAUUAACGAGGGUAAGAUCGCGAAUGAAUCACAAUCUCAUAUCGAUCCGACUUCAAUCUUUGGUGUAAACUUCAAUCGUCGUUGAUAGUUUUAAUGAGAAAAGUUUAAUUGAUAAAUAGUAACGAUAGACCGUAACAAUUAGUCGAUAAUAUGUUUUAGUGAUUAUAAAUUCAGAAAAAAGGACAACUGCGGUGAAAUCGUGCAGUAGUGCAGAGCAAAACUAAAAAAAAAAAGAAAAACAGAAAAAAAUAUUUUAGCGUACUGUCUACCAAUGAGCCACUGGAUAACAGACAGCCCCCAGAUUCUAUUCAAAUGGCUUAUUGUAUGACCAGAAACGCGUUACUCAGUGUCGUGUCGAAAUUGUCGUCGUGUCAUACUCGUACAUUUUUAUGGACUCCGUAGAUAUUUAGGUUCAUUUAAAAACAAAAAAUGUCAUAAAAAAAUUCAUUGGUAGAGUACCUUUAAAUCACGUGCUGCCCUCUACGUGCUUCGAUUUUGUACAGAACUUGAAGUUCGAGAGCCGCGGCACCGACACAAUCGAAUUGUGAACAAAAUGAUGUUCUAAGUUACGGCACGUGUCGUGUACUCAUCGCACGAUCUUAGAAAUUAACGAUGUACGAGAUGAAUAUUACCAUUUCAAGGAGAAAUCACCUAUCGUAAGAUAUAUACACGUACGACGUCGCUUUUAUGAAAGCAACGUUGUACUCGCAGCCAUUGACACGAAAUAAUGAUCGUUCGCAUGUAAAUGUAGCUGAUCGUAUCUUUUUACAGCUUUUGCUUGCAUAGCAAUAAUUAUUGACCAGUGAAUAUAGUAUCCUAUUGAUGUAUCGACCGAUGAAUCGAUAGUGUUCUCCGUGUACUAAAUUCAGAGUGCUAUAUCCUUGUCGUUGGCAAACUGUCAUAAAAAUUAAAUUUAUUAUUUAUUAUACAUAAUAUCAAUUUCUUAGAAUUUAAUUCUCAGUUUUUAAAUAUGUAUUAAAUUUCUUAAAUGAUCCAAUAGGAAUUUCUAUUGUUUCUAAGAAAGGGAAUUGUGUUUAAGAUAACUUAAAAAAAACUGUCCGAUUGACAAGGAUGUGUACUUGAUUCAUCUGCGUUCGUGCACUUAUCGUAAAUCUAGUCAGAACGAGAAUAUCGAGAAAAGGUGUCUGGCUCGAUGUAUCGAGCUACGGAAAAGGAUAUGUUUAAAUUCAAAAGAGACGAGUUAGUCCGGCCUACGCUUAAAAAAAAGACGGUUUCGUGCGUUAUUCGAACAAAAAAUUACUGCUAUACCAUGUACCUAUUGUUACGUGUAGAGUUACCGCGUAACAAAUAUCCGUACGUCUAAAAAAAGAAAACAAAAAAAAAGAAAGAAAACAAACACUGUAUCGUCUAGGCGUAGUAAAGCGAGUUUCUUUUUAGUCUUAUGUCCGGUACAUUAGAAAGAAGAUUUUCAGCACUCCGCGUCGUAUUAUCGAUAGUCAUAUCGCGAUAUAUCUCUUUCGGUUGUAUAUAUCGUUUUUGUCAGAACGAUAGAUUCUCGAUGGUCGUUGAAAAUGGCGCGAAUCAGACGAGAGAAUGCAACGAUUGCCGUCCUAAACACAUCGAUACGUCGAGCGGGGUUAAUCGAUUAUCCAAAGGUUUCUUUCGACUUUAAUUGCAUAGAAAGUAAGCCAUUGGUGAUUUAUAAGUACGUUACAAUCGUACACCGGUGUACGAUUACACCGUACCAUAAAAUGUUACGAAUUCUGAUCCGUCGAGAUUUAAAUGAAAAAGUAAUAUUCGUUGAAAGACUUAUCGAAUAAUCAAAGUUGAAAUCUCAUUCAUUGUGUGGGAAGAAAGAAUAUGUUUGAAAGAAAAAACAAAUUAUCGAAACGUACUGUUUAUACUGUUGUUAUUGUUGCAACGAUCAUCGAGCUGACAAAGAUGUUAAUCUCUUUUUUUUUAAGUUAAACAUUGUAUGUUUUUUUUUUGGUUAAAGAGAACGUGUGGCGUUUCAUUUAUUCUAAUGUUACAUCGUUUUACAGUAUUUAUGUUUUUCAAUAUCAUACAAGUAUUCUUGAGAUAUCGUACACGGCCAGGCCACGUUAAUAGCUGAAUGUUAAGGUUGCUAGCUAAUUAGCGAAAAGUAAAUAUAUAUUUUUUUAGUUUCUCGUUAAGUACAUCAAUUUUUUCAGACAUUUUUUAUCGGAACCUUUCGUCCUUAGGUUUUAUCUUUUUUUUUGUAUUUACAGCGAUCGAAUCGGAAUAACUUUUUUUCUACUUAAUUUCUACACUUUAUAUGGUCCUCGUUUUAGUGCGCAUGCGUAAGCUUUUCUAAUGAUUGUGCUUCGCAAGAUCUAGCUUAUAUCGUAUAACGAAUUGUUUAUAUUUUUUAUCGUCAUGUAACAGAGGAGAGAUAAAGCCAGAGUAUCUUUGCGUGUGUGUAAAUUACAGAGUUUAACGAUUCACGUUGCACAAUUUAACGGGUAUGUAACUAUUAAGAUUAUAAUUUCCGUUGUAUAUAUAUUUCUUUCGAUUAUCGAAGAGAACUAUCGUCAUCGAUUCCAUGGCGUAUAAGCAAUGUAUUUUAAAAUCGGCUGGGCUAAAAAAACAAAGAAAGGGGAGUGAAAUAAGCAAAAAUCAGAGUACAUAAAAGAACAAAAAAAAAAAAAGAAAGAAUAUAAUGGUAAAUAUGUAUAAGUAUAUACAUACUUAUAUAUAUAUAUAGUAAAAAAUUUACAGUAGCAUGUUAGAAAUAAAUCUGUGGCAGACGAUAGUACUCUUGUCAGGCGCCGACACUCUAACCUAACCCCAUAAACAAUUUUUGCCGUGAGAUUUUUGUAACCGCUAGUCAAUCGUAUUAAAAUAGGGAAAAAGGGAUAUUGGGGGGGAGAAAAAAAAAAGAAAAAGUUAUGCGUUAUCGAUGAAACGUUCCACUCGCUUCGUUUUAAUACUGUAUGCGUACGCACGUGACCGUACACCGGAUAUCACGUGCCGUAUAUUCGUUAAAAAAACGAGGAAAGACGUUAAUUUAUCGAUGUAUACGCGAGAUUAUAAGCCAACAGGAGGUAAAACCGCGUAUUUUUUUGACGUGUCAAGUUAACAUACGUAAAGAGCGAAUGAAGUGAUAUAUACAUAUAUAUAUAUAAAUUAUAAAUAUAUAUAUUAUAUGUUGCAUAAAUUAAGAUGAUAAAAGAAAACUAAAAUAUUGUUGCAAUAUAGAGCGCUAAGUAGGGUCACACGUAACUAUCAACUGUGGUACCCCUUUCCUUUUUAGGAUAUAAUUUACAGAAAUUAUAUAUAUAUAUAUAUUAUAUAUAUAUUUAUUAUUAUAUAUAUAUAAUUAUAUAUAUAUAUAUAAAAAGCAUACAUACCCGCAUAUAUAUAUAUGUGUGUGUGUGUAUGUAUACGAACAAAAAAAGAAUAGAAAUGUAUAUAUUUAUAAAUAUAUAUACGUACUACAUAAAUAGGAAGUAUCAUAUUAGGAAUACGUCAUAUUCUUUAUGUUCCUUCAGACCUAUGUUAAAAUCCGUCAUUUUUCUUUCUGUUUCAACGAUCUUGGUUUGCUUUUCUGUUCACGGGAACGCGGGAUGGUUGCUGCAACGAUGACGACCUUCUAGAAAUCGCGGAUGGAGAAAAAAAGAAGUUACAAAAAAGAAAAUAAUAAAAAAGGGACCAACGUCGCUGAAAACGAACGAACAUCGUGGAUUUUAUCCUGGGUCUGAAAGAUAUCGGGAAUGCCAUACAAAAAUGAACAAAACGAAUAAAAAAAAUAUGAAAGAAAGCAUCUGCAAAAAAAAGAUGAUACCAAGAUCAUAAACUCUGUAAUGUUGUAAACUAAAUAUCGUCUGUGCACAGUGUUGGAUAAAGAUAUUCUAAAAAUGGAAUGACAGCAAGAUACUUCGUGAAAGCCUUUUGAAACUCGCGAUCAAUCACCGGCUCCUCUUUCGUGUGUGUUAAGCAAUCGUCAUAUCUGAUAUAACUUUGUAAUAAUAGUACUAUUAUUAAUAAUAGGGCUGUAAAAUCGUGUGAAUAUAACUCUAGGUACGGGACAGAAUAGAAAUUACGUUGGAGAUGCAAACGAAACGAAUUCUCUGAUUGUACCAAGGGACAGCCGGUAACAGCUGUUAUUCGAGUAAAUCGUGAACGAUUAGCAGCGCUUCGAUCGAAUUCUCAAUGCCUCAUAAAACUUUACUUUCUACGUGUACAUAAGUGUAAGCGUGGAGCUACGUACUCACGUAACAUCACAUAUUUGGAAAUGUAAUAUUCUUAAAUUUGACCAAAGGUGUAGGCAUUUCAGUUCACACGAAGCAAAAUGAAAAUGAGAGAUGGUCUAUGCGUUUGAAUUACUUACACUGUCUCAUCGAACACACGAGGAACAUAUUCGACAGUGUGAAGGCCCGUUUUUAGAUAAAUUCGUUAACCCCCGGUGGCACAAAAGAUCCGUUUUCACAAACGAACGAGCAAUCAGCCGAAGGCUGGAGAUAAAUUUACUUCCUCAAAAGAUACAUACAUAAUCGAGAGAGUUUUAUCCUCUGACGAAAGUAGCCGUCCGUAUGAUUGGAAAGCAAAAAAAAAAAAAAAAAAAAAAGAAAAAGUGAAAAAGAGGAAGAAA